AUGCUUCGCGAGGUGAAGUUGAAGGAGGAUGAGCCUCAAUGGCUGCAAAACAUGAAGUAUGGGCAGACAUAUGGUAUCUCGAAUAAGAUAUGGACGAUAGUGUCUGGGUGUCUUGUCCUCUUUACCUUCUCCCGCCUUGUCCUCUCCUCCACCGACCCUGUAUCCCUCUACGCCUCGCCCGACUCGCUCAUCACCGCCGCGGACUACCUGAACGCCUCGGCAUCAGAUCCGCCCCCCUUUGCCUUCUGCCCCGUCUUUGGCCCAGGGGACGCUAUCGGCGAGAAGCGCGGACAAUGGGGGCUGCUGCGGUCGAGACUGCACAUGGGGAGCGGGGCGAGGGUGCAGAAGGUGAUUCAGAAGGGGUUGGCGGGGGAGGCCGUGACAAUAUCGGUUCUUGGAGGGUCAAUCUCAGCAUGUCACGGAGCAGGCGAUGAUGUUGUCUCGCCGACAUGCUACCCAUCUCGAAUAUUCGACUGGUGGAACAAUAUCUUCCCACAUCCCGCAUCGCAGCUCACCAACGGUGCGGUCAGAAAAGCCGACUCGAGCUACUUUGGGUACUGCUCGAUGCACCACCUCCCGGACCAGACGGAUCUGAUCAUCCUGGAGUUUGACGCGAGUGAUCCCAACGACCCCGCUUGGAUGAACCACUUUGAGCUCCUUGUCCGGUCUCUUCUGGUCCGCCCCGACGCGCCCGCCGUGAUCAUCCUCGGCCACUUUUCUCCUCAAAUCCACUCGCAGAACGGGUUCGCCGGCCCCGAACUACUCCACACCGUCGUCGCCCAAUUCUACGACGUCCCCCACAUCUCCGUCAAGGGCCUCAUCUACAACCCAUACAUGUCGGAUCCGGAAGGCCAGCGAAAGCUGUACUAUGCCGACCCGGUCCUCGCCAAUCGGGACGGCCACCAGCUCAUCGCGGACGUGGUCACCUCGUACCUCCAGUCCCAGAUCUGCGCGGGCUGGGCCGCGAUGAUGGGCCAUGGCUUUGACGUGCCAUAUAUGGGCAACGAGGGUGUCGCGACGAACGAAGAAGAGGAGAAGGAGCUCGAGCACAAGUCGAGCCACACCCGCGUCCCCCAGGCUAUGCUCAGCGACCGGCCCUCGGACAUUCUCAAGUUUAGGGAAGUCGAGCCGUUCUGCGUCACCGCGAAUGAUAUCCUCAACCCCUUGCCGCCAAGCGAGUUUUCGGACGGGUCGUGGCUGGCCUUCCACCCCAAAACGGGCAAGGGGGCGAACGAGGAGGACAAGCAUUAUUGGUAUGCCGAGGAAGGAGGCGCCAAGAUCAGGGUACCAAUUCUACUCAGCGCGGGCGAUGUCACAAUACACUAUAUUCAGACGCCAUCGGAUGAGCCAUUAGGGAAUGUGGAGUGCUGGGUAGAUGACAAUGUUGCCAAUGCGAUGACAUUGCGAGGGAAUGCGGACGUGCAUGGUCUGACCGCAACCUUGACAAAGAUCGAUACUGGUGUAUCGGCAGGACCGCACUACGUCGAGUGUGUUCUGCAGGGUGAAGAAGGCAAGACGACAGCGCCAUUUAAGAUUCUUGGGAUCUUUGGGACGUAG